AUGGAGACCAUCAGCAACAUUGUGAACACUGCGACGAGCACCGUCUCGAACGUCAUCUACGGCGCUCCCUCUGACGAGACCACCAAGCACAACGAGACUGCUGGCAAGGAGCCUGUCUCUGGCCAGAUCGGCAAGGGCACUGCCAAUGAGCCUUACGACCAGGGCAACUCUGAGUCCGCUCUUGACAAGAACACCACCUCCACCACCAGUGCAGGUAUCGAGCCUUCGCGCGAGGUAGAGCCAACUGGCUCGAUUCAGAAGCCCGAGGACCUCAUCAAGGCCUACAACAACGAAGCCAGCGACGCCACCACCACCACCACCACCACCGGUUCAGGUUCCACUGCUACUGGUAUCACAGACAAGGCUGGUGUGACUGAUAAGCUCUGGAAGUCCACAGACGUCGAUGCCAUCAAGCCCUCAGUCGCUGAUCCUGCAUCUGCUCCCGAGACUGGUGUUGGCCUACACGGCAGCACCGACAGCUCUGCCACUGGAAAGGACACCCUCUGGAGGGGUGUAGGUGCGUACAAGGACGCCUCAUCCACUGGUACCACGUCCACUGGACCUACCUCUACUGGCUCAACGCUCACUGGCAGCGAGCCAACUCGUCUCACUUCCGGUGAAUCCACAAGCGGUGGCCCCAAGGGCGCUGUUGACGCAGAGCCCAAGGCCUACUCCAUUGGCGAUCUGACCUCUGGCAAGGAGACACCUCCCAAGUCGGCCAAUGACGACACAACAAGCUCUGCCAAUCCCACUUCCCACACCGCCUCCAAGACUGAUGACUCUGCUGUCAGCCCUCCAGACCUGAGCACCACAUCCCCUGGAAGCAAGCCAGAUUACAGUGCGGACACCCACCAGCCAUCCCACUCUACCGGUCUUGCAGGUGAGAGGGCUGGUCAUGGCGGAUCAGAGUCAACGCAGCCUGCUGCUGCUGCGCCUGCGAAGCACUCAUCUUCGAUUUCGCCCUCCGGCGACGACGAUGAGAAGAGCGGCAAGCUGUCUGGCUUGAAGGACAAGCUCAAGACCAAGCUCCACAUUGGUUCUAAGGACCACUAA